AUGAGGAUAAGAAGAACACACAAGUUUGCACUCUUUGAUAUUGAAGGAAAGAAGAAAAUUGUUGCUGACAUGUGUGGUGAUCCAUGCAAAACUAAAACCAAAGAAGAGGAUGAAGCACAGUUCAAUAGAAUGAAGGAGCAACUCACCAAUGAGCCACGAUACAUUUUGUAUGAUUAUGGAUUUAUGAAGAAGGAUGGCAGGCGAGUUAAUAAGUCGGCAUUCAUCUUCUGGUGAGUGAGGCUGUUCUCUGUAUUUAUAGCUGGUGACAGUGCACAAAAUUUUCCUUUAGUCUCAAGACAUUUUAGGCUGGAUUUUACUAGCUCGAGAGAGUCAGAGUUGUAAGAGCAUUUUAUUUUAUCAACCUAGUGAAAAUAAAAAAUCUGAGUGGUAAAAACACUUAAAAGUGCGCCAGAAUUGGUAGCCUGCGUGGCAGGCGUUUGAAAGGGGAGGGGAAUAGGAUUCCGGGCGCACAAGAACCACAAAAGGCGCGCGAGGGGAGUGUAGGAAACGUCUGCAAGGACGCUUUCUUCGAGCAACCAAGAUCUGCCUUCUCAUAUAAACACAACAACAGUUUUAUAAGGAAACAAGGCAUGAGCCGAGCUAACGCGGUUAAAACUGAUCUAGUUCAUCUCAUCUCUCUUUUUUGAUUCAGGUGUGACAAAAAUGCAAAGAUUGGAGGCAAAAUGAUCUUCGCAUCUUCUAAAGACAUCAUCAAAAAGUCCUUCACUGGUUUAUCACUGGAAUUCCAAGCAAACGAUGAGGGUGAUUUGGAUUACAAAGCUUUAAGCGAGGAAGUGGAAAAAGAGCUUAGAUAG